CUGGAAAUCUGGUCGGCUUCCAGAUAGGUAAGAAACCGAAUUCAGGCCGAACUUCGGCUCACCUCGACACCUCACCAAUGUUAAGCAAGACCGAGUAUGCCAGCACCGGUGCAAUCCUUCGUUGCGCCGAUGCCUCGGCCAAUGAAAUGUCGAUUUCUAAAUAUAGACGCUUCUUCAGUCUCAACGGCAUGUCGUCACAGUCCCCGCCGAGCCCUAUCUGUGGCAAUUACAAAUUUGGACCUUUCGGGUCUGGCGGGGGUGUGGCAUCCCCCGGUCCGGGUCUAAAACAACAGGUGUUGCAGUUUGUGGCCCCCACUGCCCAGUGCGCCACUUUAUGGACCGAUGCCCUGGCUUUGGGGAUUGGACAGGCCAUGUCGGAUGCAUUCGGUA